CUCCAACACACGAACCAUUGACUACUUCUUCCCUCGGUCUCCAUUUGUCGAGCUCCAUCUCUCAAUCGAAACAUGGCACACCUGCCAUUGACUACGCCUCCCCCGGACGACGCGGCCGCUCCUGUCAUCCCUCCCCAGCUACAUCACAAGCCCGUCCUGCGACUUCACCUCGACGACAUUGGUCACCCGGCUGCCCAGGUGGCUUGUAGUUCCCUGGAUGGAGGCCUAUAUUUGACGCGAGCCAUUGAACAUGUCGUCACGAUCUUGUACAGACCUUACGGCUUGAGCGACAUCCCCAGAGUCAGAUCGGUCACGGUGGUCCUACGCGCCAUGGGUGGAGUCGCGUACACCACUGGAUUGCCACUGGAUGACCUCCACAAAGAGAUCCAUCUGUCCCUCGACUACGUGCACGGCGUAUUGUCACACAACUCAGCAGGGCUCCGCCACGAGAUAGCUGGGGUGAUCACGCAUGAAAUGGUUCACUGCUUCCAGGGCAAUUGCCAAGGUACUGCGCCAGGUGGGCUCAUCGAGGGCAUUGCAGAUUUUGUUCGAUUAAAGGCUGGACUCUCGCCGCCGCAUUGGAGCAAGUCGCCUGAGAACAGAGGGCAGAGAUGGGAUGAGGGUUACCAAAAGACCGCGUGGUUUCUAGAGUGGCUGGAGGAAUUACGAGGGCCUGGUACUGUAAGUCGGAUGAACGAAACCAUGCGGAGGGGGAGGUAUCAGGAGCACAGGUUUUGGAGUGAUAUCUUUGGGGAAUCCGUGGAUCGGCUCUGGCUCCGCUACAAAGCAACAUGGGAAACUGCAGUUCAAGAAAACUCCCGUCCAAUGGUCGGGGAGCAAAGCAGCGAUGGAUCAGAGGUAAAGGAUGUGGAGCAUCAAGAAGAAAAGUAGGUGGUGGUUCAAGAGCAAAGAAAACCAAAGCAAUUCGCCGCCUAGCAUUUGUCAUUGCGCCACGCGCGCUCCACUGAGUCGCGACUAAUUUGUUGGCCACGUUUUGGGAUGUUUUUAAGGGAUCUAGCGAGCGAGUUUCUGAUCAAGACAAUGGAAUGUGAGAGAGAUGGAACAGAUGGAGGGACAGAGAGGCAAAGGGCGAGACAACCUCAAGACUCGACAUAGACACGAGAACACUACCGAGCUUCGAGACAGACUUUGGACCAUUGGGCGCGGUAUUGAUGCUAGGUGUGCUGGCAAUGGGCACGAGGCUGAACGCGGUGUCCGUAUUUUUUGAGUGGGUACCAAGCCUUAAACCAAACAUCAGUAUUUUCCCUCCAACAGCAAAAGGCAAAGGCAAAGCAAUGGUAGAAGGAGUGGGGUCAGUAAAAAAU